ACUGCAGUUGUUUGUAACAGCCUUGUGGCGAUACUACUCUACAGUUUAGAACUCAUCUAAACAUACUCGGUUAUAUCGCCAGUUUACGGUCAGUAUGAACGAAGGGACGCCCAAAAACAUAAUGGCUGAGUUAAAACCCAUCAACGGCUCACAGAGAAGACGGUCACCGCGGUUGAGCUCUCCUCCGGCUAAUAUCCAGGUUAAAGCUGACAUCAAAAUGGCGUUUGCUGCUAAACGCUCCAUUACUGUGAGGAAAAUAGCACCCAGAAAAACAGUCGCACCGUUGGAGAAAAACAAGGAAAACACGCCCGCCCAGCAGAAGAAGCCGAAGGUCUCCACCCCGGAUCCUGUCCCGGGCCGUGGGGGCUCCUCUUCGGCGGAGAAGAAGAAGCUGAAGGCCAUUGUCCUCUCCCCGAUACUCCCCUCCUCACCGCCGGGCCCUUCUCACCCCCAGCCCCCGGCAGUGGAACCAGGGGACGUGGUGUGGUCGCAGAAGGUGCGCCGCUCCUACAGCAGGCUCAGCGACCAGUCCAUAAACAGCCCCGACUGCAAGGAAAACAUGUUCGGCUUUCAGAACAUGAACACCCCACAGGUGAUCCGGAGAGUCGAGAGGCCGAAGGCAGGUCUGGAGCUUUCUGGAUCCUUGUCUGGGCUGAACUCAUUCACGUCUCUGCUUGACACGGCUGACUGUGGAUCAGCCAUACCUGAGAUGGACCUAAACAUCCCCGGAGUAGUUGUGGUGAAGCAGAAGAGAAGGAGGAAUAAGGUCCAGCAGUUAAGCACCACAGAGAUAGAGGCACUUUUAGCCCAGGUAAACGAAGAGCAUGAAAAGGCAGAGCAGUUUGAGUUGCUUGUGGAGUAAAUAAUGUGACUGAAAGACUGAAGGAUUUUGUUAUAGCAUACUAUGUUCUAGCAGACAUGCGUCUGAGAGGACAACACUGAUAUUCACACAUGUUUUUGUAUAUUUCUAGCUUUAUGUUAUGUACAUUAUUUUGAGUUUUGUGUUGUUCAGUUAAAUGCUCUCAUUGUGUUUGUUUGAGACAUGUUCUAGGUAGACAAGUAAACCCUUAAACCUGUUCUUUGUUUUGUUUUAAACAUUAUACAGAUUUCUUUACUGUGAUUUAAAUAUCUUCUAUCUGUCAUGUUUAAGGUCCAAGAUAAACAAAAACAAAUAUACUUAGUUUUAAAUGGCUUUAAAAGUUUUAAUUGUAUUUUGAAUACCAAACUAAAAUUGGAGCUGUAGUUUUGAAACGUUUAAACAUUAUUUUGAGUAAUGAUAACCUAUUGUAUUAAGGGAUGUUUUUAUACCAGCAGAAAUACAUCUGACCUUUCUUAAAUAUAAGAAGUUUAUAUUUUGUUUUGCUUGCCUGUAAAUACAGUUUCAACAAAUAAAAUCCCCUGAUUUAGAGGGUCCUUCAGCGACAACACUGUCUAUUUUAAAGACAUAUUUGUAUUCUGCCUUAACAAUACAUUUUGAGAUGUCGGUUUUUGGUAAUAGAUCAAAUUUAAUAAAAAUGAAAAAACAAUUUGCAGAGCACAGGCUUUGAAAAAACAACAACACAGUCCUUUACAUAUUGAAACAUGAGUGCAGUUAAGAGACUGUCAUGCAAAACACAUUAAUAUAAUUAAAAGUGUUCUGAGCUUUAAAAAGUGACUGUUGGAGCUGUGAGGGAGAAUGACGGCACUUGUUAGUGAUGAGGUUAACCUGCGCAGGGCCCUAACAAGCUUCUGUCUCACAACGUCUAUAUGUACAGUCUAUGCUAACAACACAUUCCUGUAUGCAGCACUGGUCUCCAGUGAUUAUAAUGAGGCAGACUGAAGAAGCAGUCUGGGCGAUCUGUCUGGAUUUAAUGAGAAUGGUGGACAGGUAAAACAUGUUCCUCUAGAGUCUCUUAAAGGUGUAAAUGGUUGUGUUGCAUAAUGUGCUCUAACGAGGGGGAGUGAUCAACCGUCAUGUCUGCCUCUUAACUGCAGCAUCCUCUCAGAUCAACGGAAUGGAUUCAUGCAGGUCCAACUUUCAUUCAUAAAACCAAAGGGUUAUCAUGGCUCUUACAAUUUCAACAUCACAAAAAUGUAUCAUUUCUAUUUAAAGUAGGGUUUCUUGAUGUUGUAAUAAUAAUCUUUUACAACAGUUUUAUCUUAGACAUUAUGGGUCUUAUUAAGGGACAGAAACAACUACUGCUGGGCUUUGAAUGCAACAUGUUUUUCAAUUUGUAUUCAUAAAUGUGCAUGGGGAAUAUCUUGUAAGUAAAGAAAUUGGAAAUUCCAGUGAUUUAGUAUUGUCUUGGUAUUUGUAAUACAACUCAGUAAAUCUAGCAGUACUUAAAAGCCGAAGUAAACAAAUGCUCUUCCAUUUACUAUUCAAAAAAUAUAUUUAGACAUUUUAUUAUUAUUUCAUUCGAUCUUUUUUGCACGUUUUGGGAGCCACUUGAUUCAUACUGGUGUUGGAAGUCUUUUUCCCAGAUGCUCUUUAUUCCAGCUUUUAUUCAACCCUUAGUUGUUUUACAGCACCCAAUUAAAACAACGCCACAGUGCAUACACAAUAAAUAAAACCAGAAGAUAUUUAUAUACAUUUAAAGCAGUCACCCAGCGUAGUUUUAGGAUGCUGACAAGUUAUAUCUUCACCUGUUGUACAAAACUUGAAAAAAAACGUUAUAAACUAUGAAGUUGCUUGUUUACAUCUGCUGAAAUCACGUACACGUGCUGAUAUUGAAAUGUAAUUGUAUCACUGUAUACAUCAAUAAUAUGUAAACA